UCGGUAAGGACGUCGUUGCUAGGUGAAUCAUACCACUCGCUGAUUGGCUUCUCUCCUCACGCUUAGCCAAUCAGCACUACUUUUGUAUUGAGGUGCCUUCUUGUGGUGAAGCGUCUAGAUACGAGAAAUCUGCUUAAAGCCAGCCUGUUGAAUGUAGUUAGCUUGCUUCUUUUUCUGUCGUUUUAGGGCAAAAUAGUACAGAUAAUGUAAAAACAUGGCGAUGACUGGUAAACUUUUCAAAUGCUAUUUGACCGGAAGAAUUCUUGGUGAACGAGUCAAGCUGUUCACCUAAACCGAAACAUUAACUUUAGCCUGUUGAACAAGGGUCAAAAACCUGUUUUCCACGAUGUUAAAAUUCAGCUUCAGGAGGGAGAAAGACAAGGAGUUCAAACACAUAGCUCAUGGUCUCAUCCCUGCUGCCUCCAUUGCUCCCAAGCCUGCUGUGCCUCGUACCCCACCCCCACGCAGCCCAGACCCCUCACCUGAGAGGCCCAGAUCAGCCUUAGCAGCAGCCAUCUUGUCUUCUUCGCUUACUGGACAGACAUGGGCCAUCCCCCCUGCGCGGCCAAGGUCUUUCUCUGAGAGCGACCAAUCAGAGUCCUUCCUAUCUGAACCAAACAUCAGCAGAGCACUUUUCAACAGAGACAGAUGGUCAGAGGAUUUGGCCAGCGCACCACACCUGCACUCCCCUGACCACUCAGAGGAGGAGCUGGAAGACCAGGAAGAUGAGGUGGAGAGUGAAGAGGACAAGGAAGAGCAUGUUUACCAAACGCUUGACAGACGGGAGGAUUGUUCAAUCAGGGAACCUGUCUAUUCCCUGCCACUGAAACCUAAGAGCAACACACCCGAGCCGAUUCAGAUGUCUGGCAGAAGCGUGCCUUCUCCAGAUUUCCCGGAAGAAACCAGUAUCCAGUCUCCUGAGGCCAGCUGUGAUUCUCCCAAGAAGAAAGCAUCUGCCAGGAAGAGCCCUGGAAGUCGGAAAGAAGAUGUGCCAUCUGUGCUACCCAUCUUAACCAUCGACCAUCCCAGCCAAGCCAAAACCCCAAAACAGCCUACCCAUCUGUCCCCAGAGCCCAGCAAGGUGUCCAGUGAGGUGCAGAGGGAGGUGGCGAGGGCCCUGCCAGAGAGGAACACAAGGAUGGCAGAUGAACAGAAGCUACUGGAGGAGAGACUGCAGAGGCUGGAACAGGAGAUCAGUCACAGCCAAGGUUCCUCAAACCUGAGGUCAUCUGCAGGCAACCAGGCCGAGCUAUUGAAUUUGAGGCAGCAUGCUCAGGAGCUGGUGGAUGAAAAUGAUGCCCUCAAGUUGACAGUUCACCGCCUGAAUGUGGAGCUGAGCCGCUACCAAACCCACUUCAGACCAUUGUCCAAACAGGAGAGCUCCAGAAUCGGUGGCUUACCAAAGACAGGACCUCCUCCUCCCUGGCUGCUUGACGUGAAGUAUUUAUCUCCUCUGUUGCUGGCAUACGAAGACAGAAUGAAUGAGAAAGAUGCACUGUUGCAAACCACUGAGGAGGAGGUGAAGAGGUUGCGUGUUCAUGUAGAGGAAGUAAUCAAAGAAAAUGAGAGACUCCAUGAUGAAAUAACAAAGAUCGGAGGGGUCACCCAGAAGAACUGUCAUCAGCUACAACAGCAGGCCCUUCUGGUUUUGCAGGAAAACCAGGUUCUGAUUGAUCAGCUGGAGGCUCAGCAUGUGAAGGCCAAGGCCAACCACAGCAAACACUAUUCUGAAGUCUCCAAGGUGUCUAAGCAGCUGAUGCUGUUAGAGGCAGAAAAGCAGCGAUUGCAGGAGGACCUGGAAGAGAGCAGAAGGGAGGUGCAGAAAAAUGAGAAGGAGGUGCAAGUUCUGCGGGCCUGCCUGAAGGAUGCCAUCACCUGGGAGGAACACUGCAACAUUACUGGGAAACUCAGACGACAAUUGGAGCAGCAGGAGGGUAGGAAUAGGAGUGAGAUGGAGGAGUUGCUUCUCAGAUUGUCCAGCCUGCAAGAGGAGAAUAGGAGUCUGGCUCUGGACAAAGCCAACCUGACAGCUGAUAUAAAGAGAAUGGAGACUGAGCAGGAGCUCACCAAACAAGCCAACAGGAAGGCUGAGAGACGGAUGAGUGUAUUGAAGAGACAGAAGGAAGAGUGUGUGUUGAAAGAGGAAAAGACUCGGCAAUACAUGGGAGCUGUCAUUUCUGUGGCGGAGCACAUUUCCCAGGAGAGAGACCAGCUGUUGCAGAUGGCUUCAGUUCUUCAGCAGGAAAAGCAGGGAUUCGUCAAGAGAAUUCUGAAUGGCACAGUCCGAUUCGGAAAACUACAGGAAGAAGUCAAAGUGUACCGAAGGCAGGCGUCAACCAGACUGGCAGUGUUGGAAGAGGCAGCGGAGGGGAGGACAGCUUCUCACCAGAGGGAGAUCCUUCACCUGCAGAGGCUGCUAAGAGAAAGACAGGAGGCUGAGGAGAGACUGCUGCAGUCCAAACGGGAAUUAGAGGAAGAGUUGGAGGUGGUGUGGCAGGCGGCAACCAGGGAGAACCAGCAGAUGAGGGAGAAUCUUUUGGACUCAAGACUCACUGUGGACCUCCCUGGCAGCACCUCUACUGGCUGGCCCUCUCACGCUCGAGAUGAGGCCACUGCAUCUACCCAGCAUCAACCACACAGCUCCGGGCUUCACCUCUUCACCUCUCAUCAAAGCCCUGGGCUCCAGAGGAGGUCCAUAUUUAAAUCUGACUUUGAUCACCAAAACAACUCAUUUGACGAGAAGCAUAAGCACGGGCUGGAUUUCUAUUGCUAAGAUUCUCACAGCAAUAAACCAUAGGUGUGUUCACUUAAAAUUACAAGAAAGACUUGGUAGGUGACUUCAUUAGUUACAGCUACUGACAUCUGCCAGUCUUUAUGUGUUUCUCAAAUAAAACCUUAAACUACACCAUCCUCUGUAACAAACUCAUUACUGUAUUUAACUACAUUGUAAGCACGUCUCUCUGGUGGAAGCCAGGAUGUUCAGUGAAUAGGAGGCAAUAGUGAGCUGGAUAGAUUCACUUUAUACUUUUGUGUCCUGUGAGGAAAACGUGGUUUUGACAGUGUGGCCAAAUAUACUGGACGUCACUCUGGGUAGCCAGAAAGCUUACCAUUUCAUAAAGAUUUAUAAAGAUUUGUAUUUGUUUUCUAAAUUUGUCUCAGGGUUUUAUGGACUAUGCCAAGUAUAAGAGAUGAAUGAGUAGAUCUAGUUGUGGAACAAGAUGCAUUAUUUAGCUUGACUAAGGCUAUGGUGGAACAUAGCCAAUGUUGCCACCUGCUGGGCACAUAUGGUCAUGGUAUUAUUAUUGUCACAGUGGCAACAAUAAAUGGUACUGUGUGAAUCCUGGGGUCAAGUAUAACAUAGGCCAUAUCAUUGACACUUCAUAAACCUGUGUAUCACCGGAAAUCAAAGUGGUUGAAUGUUAAAAAUGACCCAAUGUAAAGGUAAAGGUAAAGGUAAAGUAUGGUAAAAUAAGUGUUUAUGCACAAAUAAAUGCACAUAUAUUUAUACAUGCUUGGCUCUAUUUUCAUAUGAUUGUUGUUACUACCUUUUGUUAAAUAUCAGAUUUUAUAUUGGUGCAUGGUUGAUUUAGCUGAAUUCAUAAAUUGUUUUUCAUGUGCAAUUAAAUGUGCUUUGGGAGAACAUGGAUGUAACACUUUCAACAGUAGUUGUGUGUGGACUUUGCCUCCAUGCUGCCCUUCUGAUCCAGAGCAGAAAAAUAUAUUUAUACCAAAUGAAAAAAAGUAUGAACUUGUUUGUAGUUUCAGGGGCAGGUAAAUGACACCUCUUUUUUUUCAUUAAACACAACAACAACCAGCUGAUAUCUCCUUGAAUUCUGAUAUUUAAAGCAUUUUUACUUCUGAACAUCAAGAGAAAAGUUCUGUUUUUUUAGUCUAGUAAAACUGAAGUGCAAUGUAAGCCCACUGGAGUGUGCUGUAGUACACAUUCUGAGUCCAAAUUAAGAAUCAUUCUCAGUUGGAAAGUCUUCAUGCUGUACUGUUGAUGUAAACCUAUUUUUGUUAUUGUUUAUUUUUCAGUGUGUGAAAAAAUGAACUUGCUGUCUGGUGAACGUAGUUAAUUUCCUUUUUAUAU